UCUCUCUCCAAGGUGGCGGCGGGGUUGGUCCACUCGAAGAGCUCGGCGGUGGAACAGCUCGCUCGAUCAUGGCCGCCGCCGCCGCCGCCUCAAGGGCGCUCUGGGCUUGCCGCACCGCCUCCUACCUUCGGAUCUCCUCCUUCCCCAGGGCUUUCUCCACCGUCCUUAAAGAUCUAAAAUAUGCUGAUACUCAUGAGUGGGUGAAGGUUGAGGGUGAUUCAGCAACCAUAGGGGUCACAGACCAUGCUCAGGACCAUUUGGGUGAUGUUGUGUAUGUUGAGCUUCCAGAAGUUGGUUCCACAGUAUCACAAGGAACGAACUUUGGUGCGGUUGAAAGUGUGAAAGCAACCAGUGAUAUCAAUGCACCAGUAUCUGGAGAGAUUAUUCAAGUAAAUGAUGAACUAAGUGAAAAACCAGGAUUUAUAAAUGGAAGUCCAUAUGAGAAGGGAUGGAUCAUCAAGGUUAAGAUAAGUGAUCCAAGUGAGUUAAACUCGCUGAUGGAUGAUGAGAAGUACAAGAAGUUUUGUGAGGAAGAAGAUGGCAAACACUGAUCAAUCCCCUAACUGCUGGAUUUCAAGAAACUAUGCAGCAACUCACCAUCAUGACAAUGAGCCAUCUCGCCUCUCCUACCACAUUAUAUUAUUCUGGAUAGAGGAGUCCCAAGGAAUGUAAUAAGCUGAAACAUUUUUCUUGCAAAUCAGACAUGAAAAUUUUGUAGUGUCCUGAUCAUUCCGUUUGUGCUCCAUUUGAAAUUCAGCUCUUGAUUUGCUUAUCAUCUGAAUACAGGUGGAGGAUUGGGUUUGUUUAAACUUUGAUUAAGUGACAGUGACUUGAUUGUAUUGAGAUUGCAGCUCA